CACAUUGUGAUCAUUCGGCUGUUUUAGCUUUUCAUUUAGCGGUGUCGCUCUGUGCAUUUUUUAAUGGGAUAUUCGGCAUAUACGCGUUCCUUGUAUAACCAGGCGAGAGUCCCAAAGGCUUUUCCCGCUUUAUCGUAAAUUGAUUCGGCCACAAAUGCCCAAUUCCCCAUGUAUUGCCCUUUUUCCCUGAAUAAUCCUAUGGACGCACGCCAUUUUUAGCGCGUUAAGGUCUAUAGGGAAUAUAUACUUCCUCUUUUUAGGGUUUCAGUAGCUCUCUACUCCUUCAAAACCAUGAAAUUCUCAAAGGCAAUUUUGCAAGAGUAGUGAUGAAAUCAUCCUCAUCACAGUAUUGCAGGAGAUUCGAAUUCAUAGACUUUGAAUCGAGCAAUUACAUUAUAUGCCAUGCUGCCACUAUCUUUACUGUUCAAUCUUUUUGUCUCUCGAAUCGUCUUACCCAGACUCAGAGAAGAAGAGGAGGAUUCAAUACAUGAGGCUGACAGACUUGAGCACCGCCACAGCAAUUCAUCAGCUUGCUUUCUUUGCAGCUCUAAAUUAUCAGAGCCCUUUGAAAGCUCUGUGCAGACUACAGAGGUCUCUGCAUUUUCCCCUGUUUUGGGUGAAGAGUUUUGCUCCUCAUCGCUCACUGUUCUGACUGUGAGAAAGAAGGCUCUUGCUUUCAGUGGAGGGGGAUUCAUUGUGACCAACUCAUGCACUGGCCAGAUCGCUUUCAGGGUGGAUGGAAGGGGUCUCAGUUCAAAUAACAAAUUGAUUCUCAUGGAUCCUCUGGGAAAGCCUCUGCUAACAUUGUACCGCCAGGCCUAUAGAAUUCUCUACCGUUGGUAUGGAUUCCAUGGAGAGGCAUGCAAUGGCCAGAAGCCCAUUUUCAGCGUGAGCAAAUCAUCAGUGUUUAGUAAAAAUGAAGUUGCAGAGGCGUUUGUGGGCUCCACUAGAGGAAAGAAACACUCCGACUAUAAAGUUUUGGGGAAUUACAGUGAGCGACAUUGUAGUAUAUACAAUGGCCUUGGCACUUUAGUUGCAGAGGUGAAGAGGAAAUUUGCAACAUCAGAUGUUAUGCUGUCAAAAGAUGUUUUCAAUGUUGUAGUGAAAGCUGGCAUAGACCAGGCUUUUAUGAUGGCUUUGAUCGUUAUUCUCCAUCAGAUGAGUGGAGAAGAUGACUCUAUCUGAACUUGGCAUCACAUGACUAAACUAAUCUGACUUCAAGAGCUCAUGACUAAAAGGUAAAAGGGCUCUCGAAAAUCAUAGAUGAAAGAUUUCUCUUGGAAAUGCAAUCAAUCCUCCACGAAAGCCAAGAGGCAAAAGCAUUAAAAUACAUAAAUGAAGAUUGGCAAUUGUCAAAACCAAAAGCAAGGUUGUUCACCUCUGAAUCCGUUCCUUAGUAAAUAUGAGCAAAUCUCCAUUAUAUCAUGUGGAUUUUAUUAUUGUUUGUUAUGUUGAUCCCAAUUCAUGUGUGAUAGAGAGAACACCUCUAACUAGCCAGCUUUAGGUAGUCCAAUAGUCGUAUCUAUGGCUGCCCGAGCUUUUCAUGGUCCCACACAUUCUCUAUAGGGAUGCUACUGCUAAGGCCUAAGUUUGAUGGCAUAUUUUGUUGGAAGGUCGUGUCAAUGAAGGAAAUUUUAUUUUAGAAAUAAAUAAAUAAAUAAAUAGUGCAUGUUGUUUCAAUUAAAUUUA